AAAAGUAAUAAAUGCACAAAUCAAAUCCCGAUCGAACAUUACUGACAAUCCAGAAGAAUUACAAUUAAAAAUAAAUGAUUUAAUACAAGAAUUAAACGAUAAUCAUGACAUUUAUAAAUCUUUUAAAUUAUUGGUUGAUAUGCAACAGGCAACUCUUCAACAUCGCCGCACUGUUAACGCAAAGAUUACAAAAUCAAUGUUCAUACUGGUCAAUUUUAGUUUUCAGCAAUAUCUCAAAUCUAGAAGAUUUAGUGGAGAAAUAUUGUUCGAUAUAAAAAAUCGAACUCUUAAACUACGAGUUACUCCCCCAGUUACGUCAAAUAUAGAAGGCGCUAUUGAUAGUACAAAAUCUUUAUCAGGUGGUGAAAGAUCUUUCACCACUGUGACUUUCUUAUUAGCGUUGUGGACAUGUGUUGAUCACCCAUUCAUUAUUUUAGAUGAGUACGACGUCUUCACAGACGAAUUGUGUCGUGAAUAUAUGAACCGUCUACUUGUACAAGAAUGCGCAAAAAAGAGGAGACAGUACACGUUUUUAACUCCUCUUGAACAAAAUAUAAAUUGCGAUAAUAAUGGCAAAAUUCAUAAACUAUCGGAUCCAUAAAAAUAUACAAAAUAGCUACAUCACAACUGCCUUAGCUUUUAAAAAAUUUCAUUAUAUACUUUACCAACAAAUCUAGUAACAUAGUAUCAUAUCUAGUAACAUAAUACUGUACUUUUUUACAUAUAUAAUAAUAUUAUGUGAUGUUUUUCACUUUAUUAACCACCAACAAAUCUAGUAACAUAGUAUCGUAUCCAGUAACAUAAUAUUGUACUUUUUUACAUACCAUAUAUAAAAAUAUCAUG